UCAAGCACAAGAAAAAUAAUAGUUUACUGGGAGCAAGUAUGCUUGGCGUGGAUCAAAUUCGCAAGGCUCAACGUGCUGAAGGCACUGCCUCAAUCCUGGCAAUUGGAACAGCCAAUCCUCCGACUUAUCAUGAUCAAAGCAAAUUUCCAGAAAUUUAUUUCAAUAUGACCGAUAGCCAGCACAUGACAGAACUUAAAAUGAAAAUGCAGCGCAUAUGUGAUAGAUCUACGAUAAGAAAACGGCAUAUGUACGUAACAAAUGAGUUUGUGAAAGAAAACCCAUAUUUGCGUGAAUAUAGGGCGCCAUCAUUGGAUGCAAGACAAGAUAAAGCAGCUAUACUAAUACCAGAGUUGGGCAAGGAAGCUGCAAACAAGGCAAUUGAGGAAUGGGGCCAAUGCAGGUCGAAAAUCUCUCACUUAAUUUGUUGCACCACUAUGGGUGCAUUCAUUCCUGGGGUUGAUUAUAGAAUUGUCAAGCUAUUAGGCCUUAAUUUAUCUGUUAAGCGACUCAUGUUGUAUCAACAAGGUUGUCAUGGAGGUGCUAUUGUACUUCGCAUGGCCAAAGACCUUGCUGAGAAUAAUAAAGGUGCACGUGUUCUCAUUGUGAACACUGAGGUAAUCUUUGUUGGCAUGCAUGGCCCUAGUGAGGAUGAUAUUGAUAAUCUAGUGAGUCAUUCUUUGUUUGCUGAUGGUUCAGCUGCCCUCAUAGUUGGUGCAGAUCCAGUGCCUAAUGUUGAAAAACCCAUCUUUGAACUAAUUUCUACAGCCCCAACAUUAGUGCCUGAUAGUCCUGAGGCUAUUACUGGAACUGUUCGCGAGAGUGGACUUUUAAUGCAUAUUGGGAAGGAAGUUCCUAAACUUAUCGCUGGUAACCUUCAGAAGAGGUUGGUCGAGGCAUUUAAACCACUAGGUAUUACUGAUUGGAAUUCAAUCUUUUGGGCUGCACAUCCUGGUGGGCCAGCAAUUUUGGACCAAAUCCAGGCCGAGUUAGGUCUUCAACCAAAUAAAUUACGUGCAACUAGACAAGUUCUUGCUGAGUAUGGUAACAUGUCAAGUGCAACUGUACUAUUUAUUUUAGAUGAACUGAGAAAAAAAUCAGUUAAAGAUGGACUCAAAACCACAGGAGAAGGAUUCGAAUGGGGAGUGCUUUUUGGAUUUGGUCCAGGAGUUACUAUCGAAACCAUAGUCCUUCACAGUGUCAAUGUUGCUUAGAGGCUUCUAUCAUUGUUUUACUUUCCAUUCCAUAUAGUUUUUUUUUUUAAUUUUAAAAUUUUUAAUUAUAAUAUAUUUCAACUUUAAUAAAGAAUAUUGUGCCAAAAUCUCAAAUCCUCAUUGGACAUAAUCAAUAAAAUUAUCUUAUAUUGUGAUCAA